UUGUCAAAAAAUGACUUUCUGACGUGAUUCGCCGAACAUAAAAUUACUUGGUUUAUUUUUUUUAAUAACAUGGGAGGCUCGCAAAGCACAAGAAAACUGAGCGUGGAUAACGAAAAUGCUAUUCAAGUUUCCCAAGACGCGUUAGAAAGGAUACAGGCUCAACUGGCCGCGAAUCAAGCAGCUCAGCCAGCAGCGCCUGUGGCACCUCAGUUCGUCCCGCCUCAGUACUACGAGUCGCGAAGGCAGCAGCAAGACAACGCGUCAGAGGAGGCCUACUGGGCUCGGAGGAUCGAGGGACUAAAGCGAGCACACGAGAAAAUCAAUAGCGGGAUGCAGAUUGAAUAUCAAAAAACUCUGAAAGAGGCCAGUGAUUUGUUUGAGUUAGCGCAGAAGGAUAAAAUAGCUAAUAAGCUACCACCAUGUCAAGAGGAAAAAGCAAAGGUCCUGCAAUGCUACAGCACAAACCCCGACAAGUCCCUGCUGUGUGCAGUGCUAGUAAACGACUUCAAUGAGUGCGUCUGCAAGAGCAGAGUGGCCGCUGUCUCGGCAUCUUGAGCUAACACACUAAAAUACUUCCUACUGAACAUCCGUCAAAUCUAAUACUGUGAAUUUGUUAUGCUUUGUCUUUGCAAAGUGUACAACAUAUUUUAUUCCUCUUGUGUCUGUGAUGGUUGAUUACAUGUCAGAAAGCAUCUGAGUGGAGUAUUUUCUUGGUCAGACUUACAGAAUUAUUUGUAAAAUCCUUCAUAUCAAACAAGUUGUUCCUACUGUUUUGUGUGAAGCUAUGAUCUCAAAGUCCAUUACCAUCUUUGAAAAAACUGAAAUUUAUACUGUUCAACAUUUGGCUUCUCUAUGAAUAAUGUGGCAAUGGUUUAUUGUAGAUUUGAACAUCAGACUACAAAAGCUAAGCCAAAGGUGUCAAACUAUAUUUUUUUAUGAAUCACACAUACCAAUUUCUUUUAAAUAUAAUUUUCCAAUAGAUGUUACCGAUGAUGCCUUGUUGAGUGAGAAUUAUGUGAUAUUUUCAAAAUAACAGGAAGUGUUAAAUGAAAGAAAGCUUGUUUUUGGCAUUUCAAAUAUUUGAAUACUGCAAAUUUAUCCUUAAUUGUAUAGUAUUAGAAUCUAAUAUCCCAUAUUUGACAGAUGUUCAGUGGAAAAUAUCAACAUAGAAAAGUCCUAACCGGAAAAGUUAUCAAAUGUAUGUAAAGUGAACACUGCAAGGGAAGGUUGGGAAGUAGUUUUAAUAAUUUAAAUGAUACUGCUGUAUGAAUAAACUGUUAAUUUAAUUA